UGCAGACGCGUACACACACGGAGGCAAGGAAACAAAAGUCAUGAAAAGCAAUGACGUGCAGUUAUGAGAGCAUGAGUAGGAUAGAAAAUGUACUGAUAUUUUUUAUGAUGAUGUCACAUGGCUUGAUUAGUCCAGUGUUUGAAGUCUUUGUAAUACUAUUUAUGUCUCGCAAACCUUGAGAUGAAAAAGCUUGACAGCCUUUAAAUUAUCUGAGACACUGCUCAGAUGGUUGGACAACAGUUGAGACUGCCAGAGCGGCGGUAAAAAGAAGACCUGUUCGUAGUACUUCCUGUUCCUUAGCAGCAUUGACCAAACUUUCCCAACAUUCCUGACGUGUCCGGACAAACGUGUUGAUGGGUCCACACAUCUUCUGUCCUGUGCCAGCUCAUCUUUUCAACAUCCUCCGCCCUUAGAGCACGAGGAAGGCGUGAGCUCGUCUCGUUUUUUGAGAACAUCAAGGACCUAACGUCAAACAAACCAGGAACUUUCUUGGCGCAGGUGUUCACUGAGGACUUCCAGGCCCCUGAGAUUCUCAGCAGACAAAAAGCAGCUUGACAAUGCAGCAAAAUGUGGCCUGUCUGGUUGCAAUUUUAUUUUUCCUGGGCUCGUCUCGGGCUUCCUUUUGGACAUCUCCGCCCAUCAAGACCAACCACCCGUUCCUGUUCAUGUGGAACGCACCCACCGAGUUAUGCGAGACUCACUUCGGCUUACCACUUGACCUGUCGCACUUCCACCUGGUGAGCAGCACACUCAAGUCGGCCACCAACCAGAGCAUCUCAAUCUUCUACACCGACCGCUUUGGGAUUGUCCCACAUGUGGACGAAGACACUGGCGAGUUUGUGGACGAUGGCCUGCCCCAGCUGGUGGACCUCAAGGAGCACCGCGAGCUGGCUGAGGACGAUAUUGAGUUCUACAUCCCAGAUGACAAUCCGGGUCUGGCCGUGCUGGAUUUGGAGGAGUGGCGCCCGCAGUGGAUUCGCAACUGGGGCAGCAAAGAUAUCUACAGGCAAAUCUCCAUCGACAGAGUUAAGGCCAGGAACAGCAGUUUGUCCGAUGAACAGGCAGAGGAACGGGCCAAGAUGCUGUUCGAGCGUGCUGCCAAGCGCUACUUUUUGCGCUCGCUGCUUAUUGGGAAGCGCUUGAGGCCUAAACGGCUGUGGGGUUACUACCUCUACCCCGAUUGUUACAACUACGACUACAACCAGGACAUGGUGGACUUCAGCGGCGAGUGUCCAGAAAUUGAGAAGGAGCGCAACGAUGAGCUGUUGUGGCUCUGGAGAGAGUCCACUGCCCUCUACCCAUCCAUCUAUCUGGAGGUGGCACUGCAAGACUCUGCUCAAGCGCGACGCUUCGUGCGCCAUCGCCUGGUAGAAGCAGCCAGGGUGUCGGCGCUUGCAAAUGACUCGUACUCAAUUCCUGUCUACGCCUAUAUUCGCCCUGUCUACAAGGACAAGACUGAUAAAUACUUGUCAGAGAUGGACCUGGUGAACACCAUUGGAGAGGCGGCUGCUCUAGGCGCUGCCGGCGUCGUUUCCUGGGGAGAUAUGGCCGUCACUGAAAGCGAGGACUCAUGCUUUGAUGCUCGUCGCCACUUGGAGAACGUGAUGAACCCGUAUAUCCUCAACGUCUCCACCGCGACCAGGCUGUGUAGUGAAGCACUAUGCCAGAGUCGCGGCCGCUGCGUACGCAAGCGCUGGGACGAGGACGUCUACCUCCAUCUGGACGGGCGCCGCUACCGCAUCGAGCAACGCCACCAACUUGGCCCGCUAACGGUGAGCGGCGGCGGUCUGUCCCAAGAUGACGUGCACUGGUUCAGUCGUCAUUUUGAUUGCAUGUGCUACAACGAGUUGCCAUGUCAAUCAGCCAAGACUCUUAAUACCAUCCAAGACAGCCCCUUCUCUGCAAGGAGUCACUCCUGUUCGUGUGUCCAAUCCGUGGGAGUGCACUUCCUCCUGAUGGUCACUGCUACGGUUUGGCUCCAAGACCUGAUUGGUUGAUGCUUUUUCCUGCAUAUUUGUAAAUUCACUUGAUCUCGUCUUUCUUGCUUCUAUGAAUAAGAUAGGGUUCUGCAACGUUGCUGCUAUUUUACUGUUUAACCAUUUGCCUACUUUGUUAUUUUGAAGCAUAUUUAAAAAAUAUUUAUUAGCGGAUCUGAGCACAUCUGUUUUGUUUGUAGCUUGAAUGCUUUUAAGAAUUGUGCCUGUAUUUUCUGUCGUACGUUGGGAGAACAAAUGUAUGAACAGCAACGUUCCUCCUGGAAUAAUAAAAGUCCUAUCAAAGUCUUUUAUAAUAUGCAAAUUAUUUUACCUUUUUUAUAAAAACUGAACACCAAUUGGCUUUUCUAACAUCUUGAAGGGAAUAGUAUCUUCUCAUAUCUACCGUUUGUAUUACUUUAACACACCCAAUAUAAAAUAAAUAGCAUUUAAAUCAUAGUUCACCUCAGCAAUGGCGGAUGUGGUACUUGUGGUGGUUUUGUUCAGAUUAGUCCUUUUAUAAGACUGACAUUUUGUGCUCAUUUGGCUUUUACUGCAAAAACAGAGGCAUGAGUAUUUAGAAUCCUGCAUUUAAAAUGAUUUCGACUAAACAAGCAGAAUAUAUUUGAUAUUAUGAACAGCUGGGCUUGAAAUGAUUAAGAAUUUGCAGCACCAAGACAACUGGCAGAUAAGAGCAGAAUAGAUACAGGACACCUUCUGACCACAGAAGCCCAACAUGCAUGUUGUGCAGCUGACUGACCAAGAUUAACGCUGACAAGCAGGCGAUGGGCACGGCUGCACCCAAAACCAGCUCUUCUGGACAGUCCAGAACAAAUGGAAGAUCUGAUAUGGAGGAACCCGCGACCAAGAUUUGAACACUCACCCCCUGACAACAGUAAUGCCUGUAUUAUCCUGUCCCAACACAAUAAUCCUAAACAACUCCUAAACACGCCCUUCUUCCAGGCCACAGCCCGCCUCACCAGACCCUUUAAAAGACAAUGUUUAAAUAAUCGCUGUCAUUUUUCUCUGGAAUCUUUUGUUGACUUGUGAUAUAGUGACCCUGGAUCCAGUUUGCCUUCUCAUCUGGGUCUCUCUGUGCUGUAUGAUUGCUGCCGACUUGGAAUAAAUUGUCAACGUGU